AUGCCCGACUUGAGGUAUUACGACCUUCAAGGGAUGAAAGAAGACGAUGCCCGCACCCUACGUGCCUGGCACCAAGCCGAAGUGGCUCGUGGCGCCGUGUUUAACUUGCAAGAGGAUCUCGCUUCCUACUGUCAUCAGGACGUUGAGGUGCUCAAGAGAGCGGUACUCGCUUUCGACGAGCUCAUCAUGGCCGCUGCAGGUCUUCAUCCGUUCCAGGUGGCCAUCACCAUUGCCUCGUUGUCUAGCCGUAUCCUGCGCACCAAGUUUCUGGAGGAGAAGACUAUUGGACUGAUACCCACGCGCGGGUACCGUGGUCACGAAGUGCAAUCUCUGAAAGCGUUGCAGUGGCUGAAGUACAUCGAACAUCUACCAACACGGUGUACCACCUCACACCGUCAACCCUUUGACGAACACCACGAUGCAAGAGCUUCGCGAGCAUACGCGCGCGGUGGAGUUGCGUCUCAAAGCCCAGGGCUACAACUACGGGUGUGGAAGUGCCAGUUUGACGCGCAACUGAACACGCACCCCGAACUGCGAGCUCUCGUGGGGGAUGUCGAGCACGGAAAACCUCUUGAAGCUCGUGAUGCUUUUUUGGGAGGAAGGACCAACGCGAUUCGACUGCAUUGCGAAGCCAACGUGGAGCAGGGCGAAGAGAUUCACUAUUAUGACUUUACGACGUUGUACCCGUGGGUCAAUGCCAUGUGCGAGUACCCCGUGGGGCACCCCGACGCGAUCCUUACCGAAAAUUUCAAGGAACAUCUUCACGCGUACAAGGGACUGAUGAAGCUACGUGUUUUACCGCCUCACGACCUAUUAUUCCCCGUACUCCCUGUCCGCGUCAACGACAAGUUUAUGUUCCCUCUGUGUCACCGGUGUGCCCAAAAGGAGGAGCAAGGCUCGUACACGCAUUCGGACGAGGAGCGGGAGUUCACGGGAACGUGGGCCCACCCCGAGAUUUACAAAGCUCUAGAGAAAGGCUAUCGCGUGAUCCGUGUGUACGAGGUGUGGCAUUGGGAGCGCUGGGCACGGUUGUUUGAAGAGUACAUCAAGACCUUUUUGAAGUACAAAUAA